CCUUCGUCUCGUAACGCUUGAAGUAAUCAUCUUCCCAGAGCACCUCAUUGCAGGGUUUUCACAUUCCAGAGACUACCAUGAAAUAUCUUCCACCCGAAAUACUUCUCAAAAUUGCAUUAUGCCUCAUCGAAAACCCCUGUUGGGAAUUUGAUGUAGGGCGACUUAUCCCGAAUACUUCGCUUGCUUCAUACGCAACCGUCUCUCGCUUGUGGCAGAGCAUCGUGGAGACGAUCACAUUCCGCUACUUGGUGUUGAGUCCAACAAAGAUUGCUGCUCCUGAAGCCAACAGCUGCCUCGUGCCAACCCGCCUUGGCCAUCUCCGCUACAUCUGGUUCGAAUUCGAAUUUCCCGCCCAUGACCUCGAUGUGUCGACGAAUCCGGAGGAAGAUUAUGACGACCAGUUUGUCUUUACCAGAAGCGUCAGACAGUUCUUCGGCAUUCUUGCGCAAAUUCCGCCUCGCCCAAAACCCUCCGUCUCACUGGAAUUCUUCAUAUCACCUCCGAUGAAGUACUUGAUUCCCUGGAACUCAGUGGACAGAGUGGCAGAAGCGACCAAGGUCGCUAUGGGCGAAGUCGGCACGACGUAUCUCGAGCUGGACUCACAUUGGGACCAGGGCAUCCCAGACUUACCUGCGAUCGCCUAUUUUCGAGCGGACUUGGAUUCGCGAAGUCUUGUUUUCGCACCAUCCUCGAUCAACUUAAUAACUAGCAAGAUAACGCGAUUGAAAAAGGUGGAGUGGUGGCUCAGCGAUGCUGAGAAGGUAGAUGCCAACGUACGCAUACACCAAAGAACGAUGUUUGCGCACACCUUAGACAAACUACCAAAGUCGCUGGAAGCCUUCAGGCUCGAAUAUGUCCGGGAACCCCCGAGGGAUAGAUACUUCCAGGCUCCCAGCAUUGUACCUUCUGAUGCUCCAGGCGACAUUCUAAGCCAAGCAUUUUACAAGUUCUCCCAAAGAGAAGGUCUUAAGGAGUUUUUCCUUAACGCUAGCGUCGACUGGACAAUCCUCUGGCCGCGGUCGCAGCAGCCUAACGACAACGCGCAUUGGCCCACCUUGACACUGUUCCAUAUUGAACUGAACGACGUGUUACCGACAGGCCAGUGGAUUGAAGUUCGAGACCACAACGAAUAUUUCGAAUCGCGAAGUGAUGACGAUGAUCCACGGUGGAGUAGCGAGAUUCCAGGUGAGGAGCACGAAAGAACAUUCCCAUCAACAUUUGACCAGGGCGUCAUGAAUCAGUUCGCCCUGGCUGCGGGUCGCCGUGCGAGCCAUAUGCCGAAUAUAAAGGAGUUCUACGUCUUUCAUCACGGAAAAGCGCCUAUGGGCAUCGGGUUCGUCACACGCACCCUCAAGACCCCUUGCCUGGAGUUUUCGGGACAGGGAGGUGCAGGACCGUCGAGGGCGCUGGAACCGAACGACGAGACUCUCGACGUUUGGCACGACGCGGUCAGAGUGCAUGGCUUGGAGUGGAAGGUAGACGUUGUGGGUGACGGCCACGCAAACCUUUUCCACUAGGUUAGGAAUAUAGACCGAAGGUGAGUGGCACACCUCACGCGUGAUACAACGCUAUGGGAAGAAGCUAUAACAGUCGGAAAGGGCGGAGAAAAUGAGGGGAUGAUGAGAAGGGGUUAUAUUUAGUGAAUCUUUCAUAUCAAUCUAGGAGGAGCCAUUUUCAGUUAUUCCUAAAAACUAGGG